GGCAGUCUGGAGCAUCAAGGCCACUUCCACUCCGCUAUUGGUCUGAAACUCACAUGACAUGUCUCCGAGCAUCCAUAAUUUUGUUACUGAUAUUUUUGCACCCCCUUCCAAAAGAUGUCAGCAUCUUACUGUCCCGAUUCUCCCGAAGAAAUCCCGUAGUUCAGAGCUUCUGAACACACAAAGCGAUUAUUUUAUUGCUAUAAAUGCAAUUAUGUCAUGUCCGAAUAACAUAGCGCACGGUAACUUCCUGAUGGAUUCCUUAAUGGGAGGAUCAUCUUCCUUCAGGGGUGAGGGUUAUUCCAGCAACCCCGGAAUGUACAUCCACUCAGCUGCAGAGUACGGAUAUUCAGUGAUGAGAAAUUUGGGGAAGGUUGGACCAUCUGCACUCUCCAAAACAGACGAGCUCUCGCCGGGCGGCGUCUCGCCCGGCGGCUUCCAACAGGAUGCGCCGUACCUGUCAGCGCAGCUGGCCACAUGGACCCCGGGCUCCAAGUCCAGCAGGGGCGAGCAACCUGUUGCCCCGUGUUUACAGCCCUGCUCCUUUCCAUCGGGCAGCGUUAAAGAGGAGGCGUUUUGUUGCCUCUAUCAGGAUGACAGCAAUAAGGGGAAACAGACAACAGAGGCAGCCACUUACAUCCGGCUCGGGGACAAUAACUGCCGGCCCGAGCAAACUGCCCAGCGCGAGCCCGGCGGCUGUUUCCAGGUGUACGGCGGAGAGAGGCCGCAGCAGGACGAGCAGCAGUUCCCCUCCGGCUUCUCUUUGACCCACUUGGCGACAUCUGUUGAAUCAGCAGCAGAAUCGACAGUAAGCUGCGGCAAAUCUGCCCAGGAGACAGCGAGAGAAGUUUCAAAUACAGAUGAGAUUCAGAGCAGGAAAGAAGAGAAGGCCAAGAGUAACAGCUGCUCAGAUAACUCGGACGUGGAAUUAAAAGAUGAUUCACCCGCGGAAAAGACAACAGGAAGCUGGUUGAAAGCCAAAAGUGGAAGGAAGAAGCGUUGUCCAUACACAAAGCACCAGACGCUGGAGCUGGAGAAGGAGUUCUUGUUCAACAUGUAUCUGUCUCGGGAGCGCCGCCUGGAGAUCAGCCGGAGUAUCAACCUGACCGACAGACAGGUCAAGAUCUGGUUCCAAAACAGACGCAUGAAGCUCAAGAAGCUCAACAGGGAGAGUCGAGAAAGGGAGCAGAGUGCAGUUUACAACUAUUCCUGAAUGCACUUUUAGAUAUUUGCACAUUUACACACACACAUACACUGAUACACAUGCAUACUCUCACAUACAUAUGACUGGCACAGAUAUAGACAGACUUGCAUGCCUCAUUUUGUUGUGCUUCCAAUAAUCAUGUAUACAUUUUUUUGGCCUUCAUUUGCACGCACCACACACUACGUACACAGCGUGCCUUCCCAAAUGGACAAAAAGCUGCAAAUUGCAGACAAAACUUGAGUCCCACUUGCAGCAGCUCUGUAACGUGAGGCAUUACUCUGUGACUAUAAUUAUAUUACAACACAAAACAAAGGAAAAGAGGAAGAAAUCUCAUGCAGUCUAUAAAUACCCAGUGGCACGUAAAACAGUUUCACUUUUGUUGAGCUAUAACUAAUGUCUUGCCACUUGUGUGCUGCUUCUUCGUUGGUGCCUGUGGCAUUUUUGUGCCGUGUAAGGUGCAUGCACAAGAUGACAUUAAGCUAUGAAAUGGCAAACGAUUGCAAAACAAUAAAAAGGAGGGAAAAUGGAUUGAGGCUACCAACUUUGUCCUUCCCCUGGCAUAGUGGUGGAAAUGAGAGGGAGGGAGAGACACUGCGGAUGGAAGACGGAGAUCACAGCAGUUUUAAUAGAAGUGAGAGACCAUAACGUUGAUUUAAAUAUUAUCCAGGUGACCACAGUAAGUCAAGGUCAUAAAAUUCUAAUGUCAGGUUCGCCCUGGAAAGCGUUGGGGGUGGAUUUUAUGAUCUGCAAAUAUAAUGUGCUGCAGCAGUAAAGAUGCGUUUAAAGGUGUGUGUGGAGGAGGGCUAAUCCACACAGCAGAGACUUCAAUGUGCAGGACCCAGCCGGUGGAGGCGCUGGGUUGGAAGGAGCAGCCGCCUCUGGCCAGGGAUAAUGGAGCUUCGUGGGAGCAGGAAGAUAAGGAAGAUGGAGGAUAACGGCGUGGGGAGCCUUGUGGAUGCAGGAACAAUAAUAAUAAGAACAAGCGUCACGGCAAACACGUGGAUACGAAAGCGCACCUAGAGGACGUCUGCAGGAGGCAAGAGAAGAUAGAGAAAGGCGGGUUGCUCAUAGAAAUGUCUGAAGAAAUAUGGAAAAGCUUCUUCGGGCGCCCCAAGUUGCCAGCGGAUUACUUUGAAACUCCAGAGCUCCGUGAUUGGCGGGCGGCGGCACGUGACCACAGCACCCUUCUGUUCCAGGUUGAACCCACGUGAGCAGUCUGAGUGCCCACAGGAGCCUGAGGUUCACUGCCAUGCCAAGGACAGGCUGGACAUCAAGAGCAGGGGCUGCAGCCUACUCACCAUCUGCCAUUCAGGGGUAA